AUUGGGUUGAGAACUCGUUAUAACACACGCGUCCUCGUCCAAUAUAUUCUACACUGGUUACCUAUAAUUUGAGGAGUAUGUUCGUGGAUUGUCAACUGUCCACACACAUGAUCAAUGUGCAUCUUCCUCAAAUGAUGCCUGUCCGGUCUAGUUGACAGAAGCAUACGGUGUUACAUCUGACCAUGCAGACUUGAAGACCAUCCAUCGUAGACAGUAUAGAGCUCUCUUCAACAUUACAGUACGUGUCAGUAAAGGCAGUAGUUCAUCGGUCAAUUUUGCUAUCUUCAGUAGACAGCAUUGUGUGGCGUCUAUACGCAUUGUACGAUCGCAGUUUGGGAACACAUGGUACACGGGACUGUAGGGACCAAGAACACGUUACUAUGCCAGAGGACACUAACUUGGAUGAUACAAAUAUCAAGGCGACUGACUUUUCAAAUCAGUCGUACCGUUUUAAAAGAUUCAGGCUGCGAAGGUUUAAAAUCCACGGUUUCACCCGGCUGCUGUUCCGCUGGAAGGCCAGCGUCUACAAACUCUUGUGGCGAGAGAUGUUGAUAUUCCUGUUGAUGUAUGGCUUAGUCAGUGCCAUCUACCGCUUAGCACUCCAACCUGACAGCCAAACCAAAUUCGAGCAUCUAGCCGUCUAUGCCUACGACUAUACCAAAGUGUUCCCUAUAAGUUUCGUACUCGGCUUCUACGUGACAGUUGUUUUUGACAGGUGGUGGACUCAGUUCAAAGCUAUCCCAUGGCCAGACCGCGUGGUAUACAACGUAGCUGCCCAUGUGCUUGGCAAUGACGAGGAGGCACGCAUCAUACGCAGGACCCUCGUGCGGUACGUCAACCUGUCCGCAGUUAUGAUCUUCCGAACCGGUAGCAAGAGGGUGAAGAAAAGGUUCCCAACACUCACGCAUAUUGUAGAAGCAGGAAUAAUGACAGAAGAGGAGAGAAAUAUUUUAAGAGACCUGGCAUCGGAUCAUCCCAAGUAUUGGGUCCCUUGUGUGUGGUUUAUAAACUUAACUCGGAUGACGAGGAAACAAGGAAGGAUAGUCAGCGAUCCUGCCAUGAAAACAAUAGUAGACGAAUUGAAUAAUUUCCGCGAUAAAUGUGAUGAAUUGUACGGAUUUGACUGGAUCAUUGUACCUCUAGUGUAUACACAGGUUGUUACCAUAGCAACGUAUAGCUAUUUUGUAGCUUGUCUUCUGGGGCGGCAGUACCUCGACCCGGAUAAGAAGAUCGAGGGACACACCAUAGACUUGUUUUUCCCUGGCUUUACGCUUUUAGAAUUUGUUUUCUAUGUUGGAUGGUUAAAGGUAGCAGAAAAUUUAAUGAAUCCAUUUGGUGAGGAUGAUGAUGACUUUGACAUGAAUUUUAUUGUCGACAGAAAUCUCCAGAUAAGUUUUCUGGCGGUGGAUGACCUGUACGAGAUCAGCCUACCCAUCGUUCGGGACCGACACUUUGAGUCAUCCGUACCAGACAUUCCUUACACCAAUGCCGCCGUGAAAAACAAAGGGAAACCCUGGCAGGGAUCCGCGAGUAAAGUCAGAUUAUCCCGGAGGGAUAUGGCAUUCACGUCAAUGCCCAAUAAAGUGUUCACAGAAGAAGACGAAGUAAUGACCUGCAAACUCCACACAAAUAGCAUCAAGAAAAACCACAUCGACACCCCUUCAUCAGAAGAGCACAUGAGUUCCCCACUACAAGAAAACCGGGAGGCAGCAGGCAACAAUAGUUUCUCACACUUCAAGAGACCCCCACCUACGUACAACUCCUCCAUGCAAUCUCAUCCGCAAGUUGGGUCUAGACCCCCGGAUGAUCUUCCCUUACCUCCUAAGAAACUUAGCCGAUCCGCUGGGGAGAGGAGGAAAGACGGCCCAACCCAACCCACCAAGCGAGAUCGGGCCGAGUCGGUAGCGUUACCGUCGGCUGCUGCAACCGCUAUAAUAGACGACUCGCCCAACUCGAGGUCGAGACAAGACGACCUUAACACCAGAGACUGUAGCAGUGAUGAUGAGGACGAGCGCUCGCCGCUAAGUAACUCUAACUACCAACAAAUUAACAUGAAUCAAAUUGUCAACGAGUCGGUGAUAUGACGAGGAAUUGGUGUAGAAUGUAAAAACUUCAUCAAAACUAAAGUUCAUGACGUUCUACCCGCGUGUGUUAUUCUGUUUGAAUGGUGGUUUGUAUCUCUCCUGUUUUAACAUACAUGAACUCUUAUGAUGAGUUUGAUAUUCCACGAAGAAGUACGUGCGUCACAUGGAUAGUAGACUUGAUUCAAGUCACUAAGUAUAUCCGGGCGUCAAAAUGUAGCUAUUGUGGUCCCGAGAAUAGCGCGGCACAGGGUGGGGAGUUUUCUGAUGUUAGGCGAUGGGACUCAAAAUAAAAGGACUCUCACGGGAUUGGGACUUGAGUCAAGUCUUGGGGAUCUGUGCCAGUCCUCAUUGAGUGUGGAGAAUGCUGUGGUAGAGUAGAUGAGGAAACGCUAUCCCAUACUGUCGGCUUAUGUUAUUGAAACGAAAAAGUACAAGAAGUCGUUUUCGUCUGCGAGCUUGGGCUACAUGAUGCUGUCAGAUUGAAACUUUACUAUAUCAUGCUAUGACGUCAAGCAGAUAGUCCACUUUCCUGACACUGCAAGUAAACCUUGAUCCUGCGUUUAUUAUGACUAACUUUGCUGUAUUGCUUUCCCACCGGGUACGUGUUAAGGACCUUGUCACACGAGACAACUUUUGCAGGAAACUUGGAGGCAACCAAUUUACCAUGCAUACUACAUGACCACUUUGUUAGCAAUUGGGUUAUUUUUCAAACAAUGUCUUACGACCCCAAGAAUCAUAUGUGAACAUUCCAAAUGUGAAAGCCUUUUCUUCUCGGAGAUUGCAUGGUUGCCUGCAAAUGACCUCGUGUUACAUGGCCCUAAGCCCACGUGUUCUUAGUCCUUUGACAUUUUGAUAGAUGAAACACCCAUUAGGUGCAAUACAUCAUUCUUAACAUAGUUUCCAAAAUCAUAUUAUAUAUUGGUUUAGUAGAGUCAAAAUACCUUUGUCUUUGUUUCAGCCUCCCUUAAAUGGUCUGGGUCGGAUUUCACAAAGGUAGUCCUAACUUAGGACUAGUCCUAGGCAAUGCUA